AUGACCUCUUUGCAGGAGCUCCACGAGAAGGACCCCGUGCGGGCCUUCGCCAUGAAGUUGGGCGAGGAGGCGGCCAGGCGCUGCCACGAGUUCACGCCUGACAAGAUGACCAAGUUCGUGAGCUCGCUGUCCAGGCUCGUGAAGUCGUCCGAAGACGACGAGCUCGUGGGCAAGCUGACCUCUGUCUUCUCCGACUACGCGCUGGGCCAGGGGUCCAUGCCGCGCUUUCCUCCCGACGACCCGCGCCUGAAAGAACUCCGCACGUGGGCGGCCUUCCUGCAGGAGGUCUCGGGCGGCGGGCCCAGGGGCGGCCCGCCAGACGGCGGCAUGCAGGGCAAGGGGGCUCAGCCCUUCCCCCAGCAGCAAGCCAAGGGCGGGCCCUACCAGCCUGGGCCGCAGCCCAUGGGCGGCUACGCGCCGGUGGGGCCGCCCAGCGCGGGGCCGUGGCCCGGGAAGGGCGGCCCGGGCAUGCCGGGCAUGCCGCCCGGCGGCCCCGGCAUGCCCCCGGGCGCCCCAGGCAAGGGCGGCUACGGCAUGCAGGGCAAGGGCGGCUCCGGGGGCUACGGCUGCUUCGGCGGCGGAGGGCCUUGCGGCGGGCUGCCGCCAGGCGCCGUCGCCGUGCCGCAGGGCGGCGGCUACGCCGCGGGCCGCAUCGGCGGGCCUGGCGGGUACGGGGCGCCAAGCGGGCCUCUGGGCGAGGUGGCGAAGGGCGCGCCCGACGGCAAGGGCGGCUACGGCGCCCCCCCCGGGCCCGGCGGCAAGAGCGACCCGCGCCUCGCGGGGAACCCGUUCGGCACCGGGCCCGCCGGCGGCCCCUUCGGCGGCCGCGGCGCGCCCCCCGGCGGCCCGCCGCCCGGGGGCCCGCCUGCGGGCGGCCCGCCCGGCGGCUACUGCAAGGGCGGCGGCAAGCCCCCCGGAUUUCCGGGCGAGCGCUGA